UGAAUUCAUACACACCUAUUCAAACGCCAAGCCCUCCUCACUCUUCAAAACCCUCCAUGCUGACUCCACCUCCUUCGCUAUUCCAUGGCCCAAAUCCCUAAACCCACCCGUAAAACCUCAUGUUUUCCCACCUUUUCCCGAUUUUGCGGGAAAUUCCCCAUCAAAAAGUCCUGCGAGGAUCCCCGAUCCGAUAACCGGAAAGAGAGCCGUUUUGGUUUUUCUUGUUCGAGGUUCCGAGUCAAGAAAUCUGCCGCCAAAACUGUGCCGGUGGACGCUUCCGUGCCGGAAAAGGAGAACCGGGACGAUGAAAUUCGGCCGGAAAAGCCGGAAAAGCCGGAGAACCUCCGUUCGACGAGUCAAAAUUCGGGCGCCUGCCAUGGAACUCAGGUGGUGUUGGAGAAAACUGCCAAGACAAGGUACGGAACAGCUCAAAGCAUCACCCCCGAAAAUCGGAAACACUUAGAUCGUUUGGAUUCUUCUAAGGGCGCCACGUGUCACAAAAAGAGAAAACUAGAAUCCAAAAGGUCAAGACUCAGCCAACCCAGUUCGCCGGAAAACGUGUCGGCGACCACCUCUCCGGCAGCACCGAUGGCACGUUCAGAUUCAUUUCCAGCUCGAAGACGCCAAAAACAACCGGCUUUGCGGUUUGAAAAUUCUCCAAGAGAUGGAAAACUCGCCGGGAAAGCUGACUCCGUCAUUGCAAUGACGAUCAUAAUGGUGACAUUGGCAAUGAUGGUGAUCUGUGGAAGACUAUUCGCAAUUCUCUUUACUUCUGCAUGGUUCUAUUUCGUUCCUUAUCUGAGAUCGGGUUCGAAAUCGAACGAAAGCGUAAAUUCAGAUUUUGACGAUAGAAGUUCGAAUUCUGAAGAAGUCAAGAAGAAAGUGAUUUUCGAGGGAUUUCUUGAGAGAAACCACCGCACUCCGAUUGGAAUUUUGUUGUGAACAGGAAUGGCAGUCCCAUGUGCACGCUAGUGUGGUGUGUCUAUCUGCACUAGAUUGAGCCGGUGGUUGAGACUAGGCAUUCCCGUUUUGUGGACAAUGGCAUCCUGUGUAAAUUUGUUAUAAAAAUAUGUCUCUAUAUGUCAAAAAGGGGUCGUUGUUCUUGAACUUUAA